CCUUUAACCACCAUGUCACCACCACCACCACCACCACCAUCGGAUUCCACCAUCAUGGACGGUUCCAAUGAGUCACAAUUGGCUACGUCCUGUGUUCUUGUUGAACGGUUGCGAUCAUUAGAAGCGAGUUAUGUGAAACUUAGGGAACAAUUUAAAUUACUUUUGGAAGAAAAGAGUAAGUAUUCAGAUGAAGAGAAGAUACCAUAUGCCGCUGGUGGUACAUCGUCGUAUUGUGGUCCUGGAAUUUUCUACUCAGGGAGUCCGUAUAGAAAUGUGCUUGAAGAUAUGGGACAUGCACUUUACGUUACUAAAGUUGGUACAGGAGAGAUCAUCUACUGGAAUCAAGCAGCUGAGAAACUUUAUGGUUAUAAAGACUAUGAAGUCGUCGGACAAAGGUGUACUGAACUGCUUGUUUGUGAAGAAUAUCAUGAAUUGGCUAUGCAUGCCGUGAAAAGAUUGAGCUGUGGACAAUCAUGGUCUGGUCAGUUUCCUUUUAAGAAGAGGACGGGUCAGAUCUUUAUGGCAAUAGUGACAAAAAGCCUAUGGUACGAGGACGGUGAUCUUUUCGGUGUUAUCACUGUCUCAAGUGAUGCAGCCUUUUUAAAUAAGAUAAACUCAGAAAAAGCAAGAACCUCACAGUCUAAUGGACAACCUGGAGGGCGGGGAAUAAAUAUCAAAAGUAUCCGAUGGCAUCCACAUCAACAACAAACCGCAUCGUCUAUUUCCAGUCUGGCCUCAAAAGUCUUACCACUCAAUCGUGGAGAGGAUGCACGCAAUGCAUCUGCAAAUGCGAGAAACGGGGAGGAUGCUGACGUAGACGCCAUAGGAGGGCAAUCACAAAGGCCACCAAGAGCACCCGCUGCACGGCUGAGUUUCAGUUUGCUAGGUAGAAAGAGCAGAGCUAAUGCACAAAGCUCAGAGAUGGAUGAUAUUGCUCAGCCUUCUAAACUAGUGGCGAAGGUUAUGUCGAAGCUACACAUUACAGGAUUUGGAACCAUUGGAGGAGAGAAGUGUGGAAAUAUUCAACAGAAUGGGCACUAUAAAACCAACGCGAAUGAGGAUGUCACAGAACCUAAUUCACCAUCAGCAUCAGAGGGAAAAUAUAGUCAUGUUCUUGAUGCCUAUCAUGAUUUUCAGAAUAUACUGAAAGGAUCCUGUUUUACUCAACGAAGAACGUUUUCACCCGAAAAUGCACAUUUAUCAUCCACUUAUGUUGUAGAGGGUCCUAUAGCUACCUCCUCCAGAAAGUUCGUUGAAUGUCCUAAGGCUUUCAAAUCUCCUGAACAGUUGCCGAGAUCUUGUUUCCAAAUCAAUGAUAACUAUCUUAAGCCACAAAUAGGAAAUUCAAAACUUUCAGCGAUAGAAAAUUCAUCUCGACAGCAGUUAGAAAACCAACAGUUCCGGAAGUUGGGAGUGAGCAAUAGAAACAGCAAUGGAAGUUCAUCAAACAAAUAUGAGAACGAGUCGAGCUUGAUAGUAAAUUGUGAAAUAUUUUGGGAGGAUAUCAGCCUAAAGGAAGAAAUUGGACAAGGUGCAUAUGGUGUUGUGUAUCGCGGAAUCUGGAAAGGAUCGGAUGUUGCUGUUAAGGUUUAUUUUGGGAACCAAUGUGGUGAGACAACUUUGCUUGACUACAAAAAGGAGAUUGACAUUAUGAAAAGACUUAGACAUCCGAACGUGCUAUUAUUUAUGGGAGCAGUGUCUUCACAAGAAAAGCUUGCCAUUGUCACCGAGUAUUUGCCCAGGGGAAGUCUUUUUAAAGCACUUCACAGGAAUAAUCAGCCACUAGACCUCAAAAGACGUCUUAGGAUGGCCCUUGACGUGGCUAGGGGUAUGAAUUACUUGCAUCGGCGAAACCCUCCUAUAGUACAUAGAGACCUUAAAUCUUCAAACCUGCUGGUGGAUAAGAGCUGGACUGUCAAGGUUGGAGAUUUUGGCCUUUCCAAAUUGAAACAUGCUACCUUUCUAACUGCAAAUUCUGGACGAGGGACGCCGCAGUGGAUGGCUCCUGAAGUACUUAGAAAUGAACCUUCAACAGAGAAAUCUGAUGUCUUCAGCUUCGGUGUGAUCUUAUGGGAGCUAAUGACUGUAUCUAUUCCGUGGAAGGACCUUAAUCCCUUACAGGUUGUUGGAGUUGUUGGCUUCAUGGAUGGCAGACUGGACAUUCCGCAAAAACUUGAUCCUCGCGUUUCACCUAUUAUUGUUGAUUGUUGGCAAAGCUCACCAGAACUUCGUCCAUCAUUCGAAGACAUUAGCCGAAGAAUGACAGAAAUAAUUCUCUCGUUGGGGGGAUUGACAUCUAGGAAGAAUUCAGGAGGUCUGAUAUCAAGCUCAGUUUGAUAGGCUACUCAAGACAAACAACCUAUACAAAAACACAAGCUUUUAAAGCGAAUCGACAACUGAUAACAAUGUUCUUCUUAAUUUAAUGUUAAAUAUCUUGUUGCUGCUUUCUGCUUGCAAAAAAGCGAAGGAGUGUAUUAAUAGCAUAAUGUAGGACUGUAAAAGUCUGAAAUUCCCUUGCUGCUUUAAUAAGAAACUUUUUUUAUAAAGUAAUCAUCCAAGUUUAUCUGUUGCCUCAUGAAAAUGAUUUGUAGAGGUGAAGUUACUGAAGGGAAGGAACUAAAUGAAUUUCACUUCCCUUUCUUUCCAUGGAACCAAAAUAAUUCUAAUGUUCAAGGC